AGAUCUGGAGCCUUCAGUAAAUCCUGCAGCCGGUUCUGAGAAAGGUCCUGACUCAAUAUUCUUAUUCAUCACCUCACUGAAGAUGGUUGGUCAGCAAGAGAGACAAAGGAUAGGGAGAUGUGGAGCCUCCAAUAAAUCCUGCAGUGAGUGAAUUUUGUGGCGAUUAUGAUCAUGUCCCAGGGAAAGUGUGGCCUUGGUACCUGCACAACACGCUAUCUGGUGGCCAUGGCAGCAGCAGAUCUACUGGUCAUUAUCAGUGAGGUCAUACUAAGACAACUUCGUUAUUAUUAUUACCCAGUAUGUUUCCUGGGAAUCACUCCUGUGUGCAGUGUUAUCCAUGUCCUGAUCCGUGCAUCCAUAGACUGUUCUGUCUGGUUCACCGUCGCAUUCACCUUCGAUCGGUUUGUCAGCUUUUGUUGCCACAAACUGAAAACUAAAUAUUGCACUGGGAAAAACGCAUCUGCAAUUCUCUCAAUAACCAGUAUUCUGCUUUGUUUAAAAAAUGUUCCUUGGUAUUUUACAUUUGAGCCCAGAAAGAUAAUCAGGAACAUACCAUUUUACUGCAAGAAUAAGGGAAGCUACUACACUGACUCUCACUGGAUUGGAUUCCGCUCAUUUGCUGUGGCUCUAACCCCAUUAGUGCCAUUCUUUUUCAUUGUGUUCCUCAAUGUUCUGACAAUCGCACGCAUUUUAUUUAAGUCAAGUCAAGUCCGUAAGGGACUGAGGGGUCAGAGUAAGGAAGGGAACCAGGUUGACCCCGAGAUGAAGAAUCGGACUACGGCAGUGAUUUUGCUCUCUGUUAUAUCUGGAAAUUUCAUCGUUCUCUGGCUAUUAUAUGUUUUAUUUAUCGUUCGUGUCCCGGAUCAGUUAAAUGUUUAUGACUAUGACAUCUUUAAACAAGUUGGGUACAUGCUGCGCAAUGUAAGCUGCUGCACAAACACCCUUAUUUAUAUGGCAGCUCUGCCCAAGUUCAGAGCUCAGUUCAAUAGAGCGGUGAAAUAUCCAGUUUCCAGGCUUAUUGAACUAAUCACUGCAUAAAGCUGAUAAACGCUCAAAUUCCCGUGGGUGAUGAGCAAGAAAUGACCAUGGAGGGCCAAAGGCAACCCUUUCAGAGAUGCAAAUCUGUCAGAGAGAUCAGAGAAGAUAGAAUAUUUAGCAGACUUCAAGAGAACCAAAAGAAGAUGAAGAUAAGGACACAGGUUUCCCAAUUCAGAGAGCAGAGGUAAUAUUUCUGUCCUGCAAGAAGGUCACUGGACCUGAAGCAUUAACGUUGAUUACUCUCCCACAGAUGCUGCCAAACCUACAGAGUCUUUGCAACAAUUCCUGUUCGGUUUUGGUUUAACAUUUUGGGAAGCAGUGUGAA